AUGGCAACAGCCACGGUCCCCUCCUUUGACUCGAAUGACAAACUUUUCGACAAAGGCCAAGCCUUCUGGAACAACUACCUCAAAGGCCGCCCCUCCGCGCCCGACGCCUUCUUCCAGCGCCUCUUCCACUACCACCAAUCCCACGGCGGCCAGUUCGGGACGGUGCACGAUGUCGGCGCCGGCAACGGGCCCUACGCACACAUCCUGCGCUCCAAGUUCCAGCAUGUCAUCAUCUCCGACAUCGCGCAGGAGAACGUGAUCCUCGCCGAGGAUCGUUUGGGCACGGACGGGUUCAGCUACCGCGCAGCCCGGGUCGAAGAGGGCGACGACAUCGCCCCCGGCAGCGUGGACAUGGUCUUCGCGACCAACGUCCUGCAUUUCUGCGACCAGCCGCUCGCGAUGAGCGAGAUCGCGCGCCAGCUCCGGCCCGGGGGCACCUUUGCCUGCGCGGCCUUUGGCGCGGCGCAGUUCGAGGACCCCCGCAUCCAGGACGUCUACACUCGCAUCAACCAUUCCGGCGGCCGCGCCCUGCUGGCCAAGGCCGAUGAUCCGGAGAAGCUGGUUGCCGUCAUGGCCCGCACCCAGGGCCAGUACAAUGUCGCCCCAUUGGAUGAGCGGCUGUUUCUGCCCCGGGCCCAGCGCGUUCACCUCAACAUGGAGAACGGCGGCAUCACGGCGCCCUUGCCGCCGGAGGUGCAGGUCCACGAGCCUGUCUAUACGGGCGUAGACGAUGUCGAGACCUUUGUGCAGGAGGAUGGGUGGAGCUUUGUGACUGGGCUUGAGGGUGUGAAGGAGCAUGUCUUGUCGUUUCCGUUUGCGAGGGAAGAUCCGCAUUUCGGGGAGUUGUGGCAGGAGAUGGAAGAGAUCAUUGGGGACGCUGAGGUCAAGGGAACUUGGCCUGCGAAGGUUAUCUUAGCUACGAGGCGAUAG